AUGAAUGAAAUAGAAAGUCAAUUUUAUUUACCAAACGUUUGUUUUUUAACAUUUGAUAAUGCCGUAGGAACUUCAUAUUCAAACGGAAGUAUCAUCAAUUGCCCAUCGACAUGUUACACAAUGAGAUAUUUGUCAAAUCAACAAGAUUACCCUGUUUUUGGAAAUGAAACUUAUUCAGGAAAUUCUUUGGUAUGUAAAUCCGCUAUGCAUGAUGGUCGUGUUGCACCAUGGGCACGAGACUUUUCUCCUGUUUUAAUUCAAAAUAAUUCAUAUCAAUCGUCAAUCUUUCCAAGUUCACUAAGAAACGGAAUUAAUUCAGCAAAAUCAACAUCGGGAUUUUUCAAUACAUAUUCAUUUACAAAUAGUCGAAUUAAUGAAACAACGUUAGUUGAUAUUGCAAUUGAACAUCGUGUUUAUCUUUAUUCUCAAGAUCAACCAUCAAGUAUUACAUGUCGAAGUAAAGAUGAAAUUUCAACAAUUCAACCAAUUAAUAUUGAUCAAGGAUGGAAAACUUGGAGUGAAAAUCGUUUGAAAUAUUUUACAUAUCCAACAAAUAUGACACGAGAUGGAGCAUUGAAUUUUUGUAUGAAUAAUAAUGGAACAUUAAUGUAUUGGGCAAAUAAAACAGAAGAAGAUCUUCUUCAAAAUGAAAUUUCGACGGUUAUUUCACAAUUAUUUCGUUAUCAAAGAAAUUUACAAGGUAAUGAUACUUUAUCAUUUUAUAUUGGAUUAAGAAGAAUUUCUCAAAUAAAACAAUGGCAAUCCAAUAUAAUCAAUUAUAAUGAAAUAUCAAUUUCAAUUAAUACAAAUUCAGUAAAUCCAAAUGAAGAUUAUUGUACAAUUAUUCAAGCAUCUAGUGCAACUUUUCAAUCAUAUGGAAUUUAUGCAUAUCGUUGUAAUGAUACAACAAUCAAUGCUUAUCCACUUUGUCGACUUAAUCCAUCAGUCAUUUCGCAACAAAAUGAUUUUAUUUAUCGUCUUGAAACCGAUACUCAAGCAGGAAAUCUAACGGGAGUGAUUAAUUUCUGUGCAGAAUUAGGUGGAUAUCCAAUUUAUGCAAAUAAUGCGUAUGAAUGGCAAAUUAUACAAGAAAUCAUGUUAGAAGAUCCCAAUUUCAAUCAAAAUUAUGUUUAUACCGGUUUAGUUUCUCAAACGAAACAAGUAACAAAUGCGUUUUGGAUGCCAAGAAAUACUUCAUAUAACAGCACAUUAAAUUACAUUCAAUUUGCCGCAUCUCGAGGCUCAAAUCGUAUUGGAUAUCAUUUAUCAAAAGCUCGUGAUGAAUCUUAUUAUUAUUUAUAUGAUAUUGAUCCAUAUACAACAUUGAAUAGUUUACGAUUUUGUCGAAAACCUGAUAUAAAAAAUCAAUUAAAUCCAUCUCCAAAUUGUCGAUCAAAACAAUGUUCUUCCAAAUGUUUGAAUAUCACACUUCCAAGUCAAUCCGAUGAUUUAAGAUUUGGUUUCUAUGGAUGUUUUCCUAAAUCAAGUUUAGCUUCAAUUGUUUAUACACAUUCAUUUCCAACAGAUGGUGAUUUCAUUCGUCCAAAUUUAUCAAUGGAUUAUAGUGUUAGUCUUCGUCGAAAUUUUACUGAUUCGUUGAGUUUAACUUUUAAUGAAGUUGAUCCAGAUCUUCGUUCAGAUUGUUUUGAAUAUAUGAAUAUGGAUCGAACUUCAACAUUAAAUGAAACAAUUCAAUUAAAUUGUAUUUCAUCAACUACAUCCAAUAAAACAAUCACAGGAAUUAGUUUUAAAAGAAAUUUUAAUGGUUUAAUUUCAAUUGGUUUAAGAGAUCGACGAUUAUCUUCACAUCAUUUUCGAUUUAUUGAUUAUUCGGAUUCGGGUAGUCGUUGCAGUUAUCAAGGAAUUUAUCAUCCAUAUAUAAAUCAAUGUAUUUGUGCACCAGGUUUUUAUGGUCAAAUCUGUGAAAAUAGUUGUCCACCUGGUUAUUAUGGACAAACAUGUGAUUUUCAAUGUGCAGGCGAUGAUGAUUAUUGUAAAGGUUUAUUAAUUUGUUUACCUGAUCCAUAUGGUUGUUCAUGUUCUUCGGGUUGGUAUGGAACUAAUUGUAAUUUAAUUUGUCCAUCUGAUCGUUAUGGACCUGGAUGUGCUUAUCAAUGUUCAUGUCCAUCAUGUAAUCGUUUUACUGGUAUUUGUAAUUGUAUUGGAACAGAAUGUUAUCAAGGUCCAUAUACUCGUAGUGAAAUUGAAUCUCGUUGUGGAUCAUCAUCAAAUUUAGCUCUUUUAAUUGCUGUACCAAUUGUUUGUGUUGUUGUUUUAAUUGCAAUUAUUGGUGCUUUAUUAUAUUGGAGAAAACGACGUUCAUCAGACGAAGAAAAUUUAUUUGAAAGUUCCAAUGUUCGUUAUUCAACAGAUUCCUAUCGAUCAUCAAUGAGACAAUAUCCAUACGGAAAUGAUUAUAAUAAUAUUCUAAGUGAACGUCUGUGA